GUGUGCUUUGUUCGGCAGGCGAGUCAGUCAGUCAGGCCAGGCAGCGACUGUGGGCCAGACCGACGCCGGCUCUCUUUCUCCGCAGCGGCCAAGGCUUUCCAGAACCCCUGCCUGCCUGCCUGCCUGCUGCUUUUCGCCCACUCGUGCCGGGAAUUAAACCCACGACCCGCCGUGUGCCGCCGCCGAUCGGGCCAGCUAGCGGAGCCAGCCAGUGAGUGAGUGAGUGUCGAGCUCAGGUGGGCAGAUCCCCGACCUCCGAGCACCAGGUGACACCGCGCAGCCAACCCCUUGCCUCGCUGGCCGUUGCCCCUGCCAAGGGUAGCCGCCCUCCCGGGCAAUCCGCCCUUACAUGACCACGGUGGCAUGAAGGCACGAGCUUGAUCUGAGCGAUGGAGGUGGUGCAGCGGACCGGCGGCGACAGUCCGUUCGGACGGCGAGACGUGGAGGAGUGGUCACGCCUUGACGAGCUCACCGGUAUGCUGGAGCACGCUCGGGUGCAGACGGACCAAUGGGCCGGAAUAGAUGCUCAAGGUGGCUCGCAUAAAUAUGGAAAAAAGGUGGUUGACGCAAGAAAGACCGGCGAGAAGGGCCAACACCUGCAAAGGCAGCAGCUCGAAGUGUUCCAAUCCAAGGUGGCCGGCGGCGCCCUGCAAAUGGUCAAAAGCCAGACCUCCUCUGCGUGGUCGGCCCACGGAUCCAGGACCACCGGCACCUCCACUACCGUGAGCAGUCGAACGCGAUGGUCUUCGAGGUCCCAGUCGACGGCGUCCGCGGCCCCUCUGGAGCAGCCAGCUAUAACGGAGAACUUCGCCGGCCUUGAGCUGAAAAUCAACCCGAUCGAUGUGAGCACCUUGAAAAUGAAAGCGAGUGUCGGCCGGAGUGGCGCCAUCGGAAGCAGAAGACCACCUUCUGCAAGGUCAAGACGUCUUAGUGCUUCCAAAAGUGGCGGGCCAGACAGCAAACCAGUGGUGGAAGAACCAGACUCGUCGGCUGACGAGUCUCCCGAACCCAGAUCGCUCAAGUUCGAAGAGCUGAAGCAGAGUUUGAAGCUGGGCGAGAUCCUCGGCCGCAGACUGAGCAAGAGUUCCUCGACUGACGACCUUCCCGUCGGCGAUCCAGGCCGAGACAGCGAUGACUCGGGCAGUUGGCGCCGCGGGGCGAGGGUGCGCCGUUCGCUGCAGUUCUCCAGCAAGGAGGACGGCAGCUUCUGCACGCCAAUGGUGGUCGCGACCAAGAGACACAGCUUUGUCACCGUCGAGUCGCUGAAGGACGUGCGCAGCCGGCUGAAGCACUUCGACCCGGACGACCUGGACUUCGGCGGGCCCACGAGCAUUCUGCAUAAGAAGGACGACGGUGUCAACAGCAGCAGUGGACUGGUGCGAGCCGUCGAGCACAGCAACAAAAUAAUGGCUUCCUCCACUACCACAAGCUUUGGUAGUGUCUCCGGAAAGACUGAAGACGAUUGGCUCGCUUUGAAAUCCGAGCUCAUCGAGCCGCUGAGUCUGCAGGUCGACAAGAACAGGACGGUGGUCACCCUGAACGAGCAACUCCAGUCCAAAGAGUUGGUGUCGCCGACCAAGAAGCGCUUCAACGAGUCCUUCGCCUUCUUCCGCGGCGGGCUCUCCCCGGACAACCUAUCGCCGACGAGAAAGACGUUCCCCGCCAGACAGAACAUGAUCACCAUUCCCAUCAUAUUCCAGCAAGAGUCGUCGGCCAAGGAGGCUGAGAGGAAGAAGUUCUCUCUUCGCAGUGUGGUCGACUCCGAGGGCUCUCCGCAGGACGCUGAGUCCUUGGGCUGGGUGUCCAAGCGACAGUUGGACGGUUUGGCACCGCUGAAGAGGAGGAGCUGGGCUGGAGACAGCACCCUUUUCGGCCAGUACCGCGACGACGACAAGACCACCUCGCUCGUCUCUGCAAUCGAAACCGAGGAAAUCAGUCACAGCUCGAGCAGCUCGCACAUCAAGAAAAACAAACGAGUGGAAUUCUGCAAAACUGAGGUGCAUUUCGCGGCUGAGUCCGGCAAAUUCAACAUCGUGGAAACGGACGAAAAACCGCCCCCGUCCAACAAUUUCCGGCGCAGGCGGCGCUCCCACCCGGUUGCCAACAGCCCUGCGGAGAAUCCUCCGCCCCAAGUUGCUCAGAAGCCGCCUUUGCCGGAGCUGAGGUUUGGAGACACGGUUUACGAAAAAGAGAUGCUGACAGCGAUCAACGAGUCGAAGCAGAGCGAAUUGGAAAAAUCGAUCGUUAAAGUCGCCGUCGUGGAGAGCAAAGCUGAACCAGCGCCUGAGCAAAGCAAACAAAUCACCGCCACCGCAAUUAAUAGACCCAGUCCCAGCUUUGAAAACAGACCCCGGCCGUCCUCUUUCCACGACGUCACUUCCAUUUCAAAGUCGACGGUAGCUCUCAAAUUCCAACCCCCCACAGAAAUUCCCAAAACAAGCCCAAACAGCACUCUGGACUCCAGCGGUGGUCCAAUGGAGUUGCAAAAGUUGAUUAAAUCCCUCCGCCCCACUCAAGUGCAACGCCGCUCUGAAGAUUUCACCCAGAGUUUACAAAUUACUGAUGAAGAGCCCCUGCAGUUUUCCGUGCCAGAAAGGAUUCGCUACAUGGAAGAUCGCAAAUAUAAAGGUUUCUCGACGACGGUCAACGUCAGUGGAACCACGGUUGUGAGGAACACAGAAUCCAUCUGGCUAGCGGGAAACAAAGACCUCGACAGCGAAGUCGAGACUACAGAGAGCGCAGCCAAGGAAGAAAAACUCAAAAUUCCGCCGAGCAUAAAAUUCGAGCCGUUUUUGCGGGGACACGGCUCGAACGGCGUGCUCAUCUCACCCUCCUUGAUCAUGCAGAUCGAGAAGAGGGACCAACCCUUGCUCAAACCACUAACCAGCACAAGCAGCAGCAGCAACAAUGACGGCCCCAGCCUGAUCAGUCACUUCACGUCGCUGAAGCAACUGAAGCAAAUGAACGACGAGGCUAGCGACGACGGCUACGACUGCGACGCCGCCGACCGCGAGGUCUGCUCCCUGAUGAGCCCUGACGAGCCGCCGAUGCCACCACCGCGCCGGCUCAGCAGAAACGCGUCCACCUCGCCGAGCAUCGUCUCCGGCAGCUGGAGCAAGAUGCGCGUGGUGAGACUGAGUCAGAAGUUCCACAAGUUCCAGAACGGCAAGGAGCCCGACGAGAUUGAGACUGCAGCAGCCAAGAAUGGAUUCGCCCGCUCUGCGAUCAAUUUGGACGCGUUGAACGAACCCCGAUCUCUAGCUCGACGAGACGUAAGGAAAGAUGUGGAGGAAACGAGUUCGAACAGGUCGCCUCCGCAAAUCAGCCCAUCAAAAAUAGUCGCUCCUAGCGUGCCCACGAACCCACGCAGCAAUGCCACAGUCACUGCCACCAAUACAGGGUCAAGCAUCACGUCUAUAUCUUUGAGUUACGAGAGUCAGCCCAAGAUUUUGUCGUUGAUCAACUCGAACAAAAAGAGCAGUGAACAGACAAAGAUAGUGGCGCCGAUUCCAGUCAAGAGCACCAGACCGAUCAAGUACCCAGCAGUGGCGUCGGAGAGCAACAAAUUCGAGCCGAAACCCGCUUGUCCGCGCCUGGAGAAAAGCUCGGCCUUACAGGCCAGCACCAAGUUCUCGUCCUUGGCCAAAAAGGAGGGCUCUCCGGUGCGUCUGGGCGACAUCAUGACCGGCACCACCAGCAGGUCUUUGUCUCCGAGCAAAAGCAAGCCCUCCGCUCGCAUCGCCUCGCCGGCCGGGGGCAAGAAGAAAUUCUACUUUGGGGCCGAAGUGCUGGAAGUGGAGCCUCGUCCUGCGGACGACCGGCGGAGGCUGUAUGACACGGACGACGAGUCAUCGGCGGAUACGGGCAGAAAGAGAGAGCCCAGUCCUGCCAAGGGCACCAGAGCGAGGAGCGCGUCCAGGGACCGAUCCAGCACGUCGGCCUUGAUCGAGGAGCUGACACGGGCGGCAGACGAGAUCCUGCAGGCUGUGAACGGAUAUGAUGACUCUGGCCUUCUGUCCAGUGAGGACGAAUCACCGCGACCCGUGACCCUGCUGCCGGCACUAAAGGAGGGCGAGGUGAACAACGAGAAAAGCACUAAAGCCAUUUCUGUCGUGAAUAAGACCACCACGUGCAGCAGGCUGAGAAAAGCGAAUGUUGGUCGCACAUCUUCCAAUUCUUCCGUCGAAAGUACAACCCACGAUUCAAACUCCACUCCGCGUUCCAUCCGAAUGAGAAAAACUGCAGUUAACGGCACCUCCAGGACUGCGAAAACUAGUGAGACGAGCACCCCCACUUCACGCAGGCAGAGGAUGCCAAGAAAGAGAUCAGAUUCAGUUAAUUCAAAGAGCGAUCAAGAAGAAGCUGAGAAAUCCAAGGAUAGGCUUCGGAUUAGCAAAACUCGAAGAUCGACGACCACGACAACAGCGACAGACACGACAAAAAUUUCUAAAUCAAGCAAUGACGAUAAAGCCAAGUCCGCCGACUUGAACAAGGUUCGUGCGCCUGUCGAGCGAAUCAUUCCACCUGCUAAUAGAAAGAACGCUGCCAAGAGCAAGAAAGACGACAUUUUUCACAGCAAUCGUGUCAUUAACAGCGCGACUGCAGAGAGGCGAUUGCAACUACUGGAAAAUAGUUGCUCUGGCAGUGGUCUGAGGUCUGAAUCAAGUCCUGGCAUGAAAAGGUACCAGCAUCGCACUGUGCGCAAUGCUCCAUUAAAAGUGUCCGCUAAGUGACUAAAUCGUCUGUUGCUGCUGCAAGUCAUGUCCAACCUGUGCCUGCUGAGCACUUCCCUGGUUGUAUGACUCAUUCAACUUUCUGCUGUGCAAUCCAUAUUUCAAACUAAUUAACCAUUUUAACUUUUGUAGAUCCAGUGCGUCCCCCAAUAGUUAUUUUUAAUUUCAACUUUUCCCAGAUUCAUAACAUUUUACAGAAACUUUGUACAUCUGCUAAGUCUUUUUUUACACACACACACACACAAACCCAAGUAAAUCAAGUGCUGUUAGACUAAUUAUAUGAGAGAAUCGAUUGAUGAGAAAAUUGUCGUUCCUUUGCUGUGAAAUUCGUUGUUAUGGAAAUUAUAAAAACAGGGUUAAUUAUUGUUAGUUAUAACAGCAUAAAUUUAUAAUUAAAUAUAUGUAAUAUUUAAUGGAAUUGGUUUAACAGUUUUGCCAUGUCUUGAUUGUAACAACAUCAGUGCAUAACAGUUUUCCUACCUUUAAAUUGAAAAAGAUUUCUAUUUAAUACUUUAUUGAGUCAAUAAAAAAAUGAUGUCAAGAGAUAAAACUUAUUAUGCUGUAUUAUUUUUUGGUGGAACCUUUCAAUGACUAAUUAUGUUGUGCUAUUUAAUUUGCAAAAAAUUGUUCGGUUCAACUUGCAAUAUUUAAAACGGGGCGUAGUGAAUUCAGUACAAAAGCCAGAGCAUUGUUGCUGCGGAUUGCCGGGCACGAGAUGCGCUCCAGCGCGCAUGUGGUGGGCCAAGCCGGAAAAUUCGCCAACCCAGUCGGCGGGUACAUGCAUAUCGAUCUAUUGUUUUACGCACACGCGUUGCCGAUUUUGCGAGGACCAAGGCCGAGUGACCUCCUGGCAACGCCUGCCAUCCCGUCCUCGAUGGGAACACCAAGGUGAACGCAGAAACUCUUUUGUCCCUUCUUUUGUGCGUAUUUUCGGCAACCUCUCCUCUCGCACGCGCCACUCCCCACCGCGUCUCGCCUAUCUGCUGAGCUGCCACCCCGAUCGAUUCCGCCCCCAGACUGAAACACCACCCCCGGCCACCCACACUCCCAAGGCUAAUUACAAGGCAUGCUUAUUGUCUAAGCAAAUCUAACGCAUUUUUCGUACUAUUCCGAAAUUUCCAGUCGAAUUUUGGGAGAAUCUGGGAAUAGUCAGUCGCGUUUGCAUCGCCGCGAACGACAAUAGGGGGUCCUUGUCCUAGUCCUUGCGUGAGAGCGCGCUACGAGCAACCUCCUACGCGGCGCUGCAACCCGCACCCGAAGCUAUUGGCUGCAGCCUAACCAGCAGUUCGGCUCGAUCGACAGUUCGCCUCCCCCAAACCUCCAAUGAUUAGAAAUCGAACAUCGAAUCUAUCAGCUUUCUGCCGCUUUGGGACACCUGCUACUAGUACCCUCUCGUCAUCAUAUAUUUGUAUCCCUCGCACCUGGCCGGUUCGCGACCAGAAUCAAACCUGCCGAACAGGAGGGCACUGGGAGAACGCUCGGCUGAUCGGGAUGCGCGCGCCUCAAACGAUUUUCCAUCGUUUUCCCGCAGUUUCCAAUAGGUGUGUGCCACACUGACUGUCUCAAGCUGCGCCCGCACAUUGCUGCAACGCGCAAAUGCAGCUUGUCCACCAAAAUUUGCAACAAAGUGGAGAAAAAUGAAAGAAAAUGAAAUUAAAAAUAUUGGCUAUUAAUAGAUACUUUUAGCGUAAGGCCCAUUAUAUAUUGAACCGUCGAGGAACCUGGUGCUAACUUCAAUCUUACAAUAUUUCCUCUUCUAUAAUAUGUAGAAGCUUUCCCGCAUAUGAUCAUUAAAUUCGCUUUGUUAUUGUUUAAAAUGAUUUAAAUUUUGGAAAGUGAAAUACUUUCAACCAGAUAUAAAACACACAUGCCCACAAGAUCAAAUGAAAAAGUACCUCAUAAAUUUACCGAUCAUUGCAGCAGAUUCAGAUGGUACCGUAUAACAGGAAUAUUGUUUACUUAUUUUCAAUUGCUUUCACUUUAUUCAGUAUUUUUUCAUAUUUAUUUUAUCCUUAAAAUUGGAGCUUUGUAAUUUCUUGUAAGAUAAUGCUCUCAUAGCGAUCUCAUUUGUUAACAAAGCAAGCUGAAAAUAUUUCCUAGAAGAAUAAGAAUUUUUUAACUCCAAAUUUUGACGUCAUUGAGCGGAUAAAAAGUAAAAUAUCGGUUUUUGCAAUAGCAUGUUUAAAUGAUUUAUUGUACUCCUUAAAAAAUAUCUUCUAUGUAUCGACCUUAACCGUUAUUAUGAUUGAUAGUACACUAUAGUACAAGUUCCAUUUGGAAGGACAAAUGAACAGUUCAUCAAUAUUUGUAAUACUUUGCCUUGCAUAUUGAAAUUCUGAAAAUAUAAAUAAAAAUUUCAUAUCUGGUCACGUGCACAACAUUGUCGGAAUUUCAUGACAUCAUUUAUAAGCAAACUUAUAAGUAUUGGUGUCCAUCAUUUGUGUUGCAACUUCUGGCAGGAAUUAACACAGCAUUGCGCACAGCAAUACUACAAGUAUGUCCAAAAAAGUUAUACAAAAUCAGGCACUUUGAUGUGUUUCCCUCUUGGUGAUUAUUUUGCUGAGGUGCUACGCAGCCAGCAGUUCUCUGCAAUUCAUAUUUAUUUUUUCAUUAGGCUGGUUAAUGCCAGCAGCAGGGCUCAGUAAAUUAAUGACUAGAAGAGAAAUUUGUCCAACUUAACUAAAAACAUGCAGUCAAAAAAUUCAUCAACACUCACCCUAAUUCUCGUCCUGUAAGUGCGUUUGUGGCCAGACCAGUUCUCGACCUGCUACGACUCAACUGUGCCCUUCGUUCAGCUGCAAUAAUAUUUGUAAUUUAGAUACAAUUGUUAGUUGAAUUUAACACCGAUUUGACAUAGAAAAAAAUUAUUCGCACCUCCGGCUGCCCUUGGGGCUCUUUUCCGUCGCUGCUUAUAUGCAGAGCCAUCAUGCAGUGCCUCCAGCAGAGAGUCCAUAACACCUAAUUCAGUGCCAUCCAUGUCCACAAGCGCCUGCUUGUGGGCCAUCCGCUCUGCCCUUUCCCUAUCCUGCUUGUCUCUGGCUUCCCUGGCUCUUUCCGCCUUCUCUUCCAUCUCCCUAAUUUUGACAUUCUCUUUGUGUGCGGCC